CUGAACAACAGACUAUGCCUUCAGAAAAGAUCUAGCUCUGUAUAUUAGGUUUAGCGUGCAAACUAGCCAAAGUUUGACUGAAAAAUAACUAUGGGUUGCUAGCUACUGAUUAAUGUAAGUGACGUUAUUUCAAAUCGCGCAAACUGCAAUUUGAACGUUUUGUGAAAACUGAAGUUGGCUAACUAGUUAGUUAACUACUUUCCAUCUAGUCAGCUAACUGGCUAAUAACCAAGACCUGUUUAUCUGUAGCUAGGUCAUUGUAGUAUGGUGGUACGUAGUGGUUUAAUUGACAGUUGUGAAAUAGAAGACGGAGGAAUGGAUCAUGCCGAAGAGUCAAGGCCGUUGCUGAAUGCAGAGAACGGGGGACGGAUAGAAGAGAAGUCGGCGCAGGAUAUAUACCUGGAGAAGGUCAGGAACCAGAAACUGUAUUUGGCCACCUUCUCAGCAGUUCUAGGUCCUCUGAGUUUUGGAUUUGUCCUUGGAUACAGUUCCCCAGCCAUCCCAGAGCUGUGUAAGAUGAGCAAUCCGCGGCUGCAGCUGGACACGGAAGAGGCCUCAUGGUUUGGGUCUGUGGUAACAUUAGGUGCAGCACUUGGGGGCGUGGUGGGUGGCUGGAUAGUGGAGAAAGUUGGACGGAAGCUGUGUCUGAUGUUCUGCUCCAUGCCCUUCAUCUUCGGUUUUACCAUCAUCAUUGCUGCCCAAAAUGUGUGGAUGCUGUACGUUGGACGGGUCCUCACUGGCUUGGCCAGUGGAAUGACAUCACUUGUGGUGCCUCUCUACAUUUCAGAAAUAUCCCAUGCCCGUGUGCGGGGUACAAUGGGCACUUGUGUGCAGCUCAUGGUGGUGUCAGGAAUAAUGGGGGCAUACGCAGCAGGUCUGGUUCUGGAUUGGCGUUGGUUGGCUGUGACCUGCUCAGUGCCACCGACGCUCAUGCUGGUUUUAAUGUGCUUCAUGCCGGAGACACCACGAUUCCUACUGUCACGGGGCAAAAGACGGGAGGCAGAGGAGGCAUUACGCUUCCUGCGGGGCCCAGAUGCUCCAGUUGAGUGGGAGUGUGAUCAGAUUGAGGGGGUCUCUCUGGAGCAGGGAGACCACCUGCAGCUGUCUGAUCUUCGGGACCCAGGGGUCUAUAGGCCCCUGGCAGUGGGUGUGUUGAUGAUGCUUUACCAGCAAUUUACAGGCAUCAAUGCAAUAAUGUUCUAUGCUGAGUCCAUCUUUGAGGAUGCCCAUUUUAAGAACAGCGAUGUUGCCACAGUGAUUGUAGCAGUUAUUCAGGUGGUCUUCACAGCUAUAGCAGCCAUGGUCAUGGAUCGAGCAGGACGGAAGGUUCUCCUCAUCCUAUCAGGAAUUGCCAUGUCAGUCAGUACAGGAGUGUUUGGUGUCUACUUCAAGCUGACCAGUACAGUACCUACUAAUUCUUCUGACCCCAAAUUUCUGAUUUUUGCCCAAGACCCGGAGCCACACGACUCACAUUAUGAGCUGGCUUGGAUCGCUCUUGCCAGCAUGGGUCUCUUCAUUGCAGGAUUUGCCCUCGGCUGGGGUCCCACCCCAUGGCUGGUGAUGUCAGAGAUUUUCCCUGUCCAAGCACGGGGGUUGGCAAGUGCCAUUUGCGUCCUGAUUAACUGGAGCACUGCUUUCAUUGUCACCAAGACCUUCCAGGACCUUAUGGACCUGCUUGGGAGCGCUGGAAUAUUCUGGUUAUUUUCAGGACUCUGUGCGCUGAACGUCCUCUUCACCAUCUUCUGUGUGCCAGAGACCAAGGGCAAGACUCUGGAGGAGAUCCAGGCUUAUUUCAAAGGAACUCUAUCUGACUAGGCUUCAGCUGAUCUCCCACCCAGAAACUAAACACCACAUUAUUCACGUUUUUACAAUUUACAAAUUGUUUCAUGUGUCUGAAUUGUACUUUAUCAGUCUUGAAACUGUUUGUAUGUUCAUGUAUGUUCAAAGACAUAUCAUGUGUAAUAUAACACUUUUGUGAUGUUUUAAGAAUCAAAAAGUUGGUGCCUUAAGAAGAAAUGGCCAUGCCACCUCUAGCACUUCAGGCAGCAUUAUGACUCCAGGAGUAUAAUCCUCAAUAUGUGUAUAUGUUCCUGGUGUCUGUCUGCUAGGAAGGCCUUGUGAUUUGGUGUUGUUCUUUAAAUAAUUCUGUAUGUUGAGAGUGAUCAAAGAAAUAUAUACCAGUGUAAAUAUAGUGCUAUAAAAUUUUAUUUACUUUAGGAAUGAGCAUGUAACAAUACAUUGUUAGUUUACCACAUAUGGGAGUAAUCACUGGGGAACAGAAUUGUUGAGGUUUGUGUAAUUACAUAGACUUACAUGAGCGCAAAAGGUGUACACUGUGCCCUGCUUAUAUGUGCUACAUACUGUAUAUAAGAAUCAGUCUCAUACAAGAAGUUGAUUGCAUGUUUGGGGUGGCGUUUAUGCAAAACAAGAAUGAUUCAUUUAUUACCCAAAUGUGCAUUCUGAUCUGCGGCCUCAUUUAUAAAACGUUCUUAUGCACAGAUUUGAUCUUAGAAUGUGCGUACGCUCAAAUCCAACUUGGCAUACGUAUGUUUCCUUGUGGCAAUGUUGGAGUACUGCAGGUAUUCGGAAAUCUAAGAGCGCCAACAUAUCGUCUGCUGCCUAAUUGU